AUCGGGUUCACUUUUUAUGUAGCACUGAAACUUAUUUUGCAUUUUAGCAUUAUAUAUCCCAUGUGCUUACCUUUGACCUUUUUUCCUGAAAGGUUUCAAUCCUCAAAUGGCUCUUGUAGAGGAUGGUUCAACUAGAAUUCUGGAAUUGCUAAAAGGCUUGAGCACUGACUUGAGGUUGGAUCAGCCUAGGCAUGCAACACUCCCCAACAUAUUUAAAGCAAAAUCAAUGGUCACAAAGAAAUUUAAGCCAGAGAAGUUGAACGUGGAAAUCAAAUCGGACCUGGAGAUUGUUCAAGUUAAUGACCCACAAAAGAGAAAAACAUGGGUUAUUGUUUCUUCUGUGGAUGAGUUGAUUGCUUAA